AUGUUUUUGAACAUAAUUAAAGGGUUGGAAAAAAAUGAUGAUAAAGAAAAUAUAAUAAAUAUAAGCACACAGAAACUUUUAGGAGAUAAAACAUAUGAAAAAAGAAAAAAAGGGGCACAAGAAAUAGCAGAAGAGAUAAAAUUAUUAUUAUUAAAAGAGGAAGCUGAAGAACAAGAACAAAUAAAUAUAAUACUAAACCAAAAUAAUAAUGAAGAAAAUAACAUAAAUGAAUGUAAAAAAAUAUCAGAAUCAGAAAUAAAUAUAAUAUCUAAAUUAAGUGAAAAAAAUGAUAUAGAUAUAAAUAAUGAAUACUAUUUUACUGGAUAUAAUGAAGAAAAUGAAGUAGGAAAAAAUAAAGAAAGUGAUGUGGGAAAAAAUAAAGAAAGUGAUGUGGGAAAAAAUAAAGAAAGUGAUGUGGGAAAAAAUAAAGAUCAAAUUAAAUCAGCAAACAAACAAAAUGUUAAAUGGAAUGACAAAAAUUCUAAUAAUUUAGGAAUUGUAAAAAAUGAUACAACUGGUAAAGAUUCGGAAAGUAAAGAAAAAGCUCAAAUUGAAAAUAAUCAUGAAACAUCAAUUUAUGUAGAAAAUGAAGAAGAACAUUUAAAAUUUAUACAUGAUAAAAAAGAAAGUACACAUAAAAAAUUAAAUAGAGAAAAUUAUAUUUUAGGAGCUGAAAUAAUUAAAAAAUUAUUAUUAGAUAAAUGCAAAGAAAAUUGUGAUAUAGAUAUAGAAAUUGCAAAACCUAAUGGAAUAAAUGAUUAUAUAAAAAAUAGUAUAAAAGGAAAUUAUUAUAAUAAUAAAGAAGAAAAUGAAAAUUAUAAUAAAAAUUAUAAUAAAAAUUGUAAUAAAAAUUGUAAUAAAAAUUGUAAUAAAAGUUAUAAUAUAAAUUAUAAUAAAAAUGAUGUUCAAAGUGAUAUACAAAAUGAUGUACAAAAUGAUAAUAAUGAAAAUAAAAAAAAUUAUAAAAAAUCUUUGAAUAACAUAUUAUAUGAACAUGAAAUAUAUUUUGAUCACCUGAACAAAAAAUAUCAAAAUAAAAAAAUUAUGGAAAUAUUAUAUUUUUUGGAUGAAAAAUUUAUUAAAAGUAUUAACAGUUCAGAAAGGUGUGGGGGUUUAAUUUCGCUAGCUUUUAUUUCGAUAAGUUUAGAAAAUAAAAUAAAAUAUUAUUUUUCUGAAAUAUUAAAAAUAAUAAUGUCGUGUGUAAAUGAUUCCGAUUCAAAGGUUCGUUAUUAUGUGUGUGAAAGUUUAUAUAAUCUUUGUAAAGUUUCAAAAAAUAUAGCUUUUAAUAAUAUUGAAGAAAUAUUUAAUUGCUUGUACAGAAUAUUUUCAGACACAUGCCCAAAUGUAAAAACUGGCGGUGCAUUUUUAGACAAUUUAUUAAAAGAUAUGACUUGUUCAUAUAAUAAUAUAUUUAAUAUAUAUAAAAUUAUUUACACAUUAAAAGAUAAUAUACAUAUAGAAAAUACAAAUGUUAGACAAUUAAUUAUAUCAUGGUUAUUUUUUUUACAAAAUAUACCAACUAUAGAUAUAUUUGAAUAUUUUCAUUUUUUUAUUCGAGAUUUAUUUUUAAUGUUAUCCGAUGAAAAUAAAGAUAUCCAAAAACAAGCAAAUCAAUGUUUAGAUUUUUAUAUGGAUAAAAUUGUAACAUCAAAUUAUGAACAAUGUAAAAUAUUUUUUAAACAUAUUAUUCCUAUAUUUUUAGAAUUUUCAAGACAUAAAAAUCCAAUUAUUAAACAUAAAUGUUUAUUAUGGAUAUAUCAUUUUAUAAAUAUAUUAAAUAUUCAUUUUUAUAAUAUAUUUAAAUCAUCAAAAAAAAAUAGCUUUUUUAUGAUCGAAAUAUUAAAAAAAAUAAUUUGGUCAACUUCGGAUGUUAGCUUUGAUAUACAUUAUACAGCUCGAAAAUGUAAUGAACUGUUAAUACAAUUUUUAAAAUUAUCAAAUUUAGAAUAUUCAUUAUUAAUAACAGAAUUAGUAUGUAACAUUAUUAAAUCAAAAAUUGAAAGCACACCUUCACAAUUUCCAAAUCAUAAACCAUUAUUAUUACAAUAUAAUGAUAAAAUUGAUAGACAAAAAUCUAAUAAUUCUAACCAAUUAAAUACAGAAUAUAUUUCUGAUAAAAAAAAUAAAAAUGAAUAUAUAAAUAUAUUAGAAAAUAAAAAUGAACAAUUUUUUAAUAACAUUACUAUUACUGAAAAAACAAAUCUACAAAAUAGUAACAAAUUUGCAUAUACAUUAUCAGAAAAUAAAUUUAUAAAUAAAUCAUUUAAUGCUGAUAAAGAAGUUACGAAAUAUGGUUUAAAUGAAAAUAGUGAUAUGCAUUUAGUAAAUAAUUGUAAAUUACAAAAUGAUGAAUUAUUAAAUUGUGUUAAAAAUGAAAAGGAAACUAAUUUGAAUCGUGGAAAUAAUCACAAUUUUGACCAAAGUAUAGACACCGAUAUGAAUGCAAAUUAUACAAUUAAUAAUCUAAAUUUUAGUGUAAAAAACGGAAAUAUAAUUCAAACUAACAAUUUUGAAAAAGAAAAUAGUGAAACAAAUAAACAAAUAAUUUCAAAAGGAAGAGAUAGAAGUCAAAGUAUGUGUUCUAGUGUCAUGAAUGAUAGCAUAGAUGGGUCCAAAUUUUAUUGCAUAAAUGUGGAAAAAGUGGAAAAAAUGGAAAAAUUGGAAAAAAUAGAAAAUAAUAAUCCAGAAUUAUCAAAAUAUGAAAUAAAAGAUUCAUAUAUAAAUAAAAAAAAUGAUGAUAGCAAUAAUAGUUUAGAAGAUGGUAAAAAUAAACAAAUAAAUACAAAUGGCGAAAAGGAUGAAAAGGAUGAAAAAGAUGAAAAAGAUGAAAAAGAUGAAAAAUAUAAUUUUGGAUUCAUGUAUAAUCAUGAAAGAUUAUUAAAUGAACUUAAAGAAAAAAAAAUCAUAUUGAAAGAUAGUAAAAAAAUGGAAUCAUAUUAUAUAAACAAAAUAAUUAAAAAAAAAAAAAAAAAAAAUAAUAAUAAUAAUAAUGAUCAAAAUAUGAGUGCUAGUGAUAGUAGCAAUAGUAAUGAUGAUAAUUUAUUUUAUGAUAAUUUAGAAAAAAGAAAUAUAUAUCCAAUUAUAAUGUGUUUACAAUGGCUAGCUGAGAUUAUAGUAUAUAAAAGUAAAGAAAUAAAAUCAUAUUAUAAUAAAAUAAUUGAUUGUGUUUUUUUAUGUUUAAAAAAUGAAGAUAAUAAAGUUUUAGUAUUAACACUUACCGUUAUUUCAGCUAUGUGUUCUACUGUUGAAAAUAAAUUUGAUUUUUAUGAAAAUAUAAGUAAAAAUCUGAUCAAUUUAUUUAAACAAGAUGAAAAUUUAUUAAUAAGAAAAGGAAAAGAAAUAAUACAGCAUGUAUCUCGUUGCUUAAAUAAUAAAAAGCUUUUUGGAUAUUUAUGUUAUUUUUUAAUAUAUGAAUCAGAUUAUAUAUUUGUUAAUAAAAUAGUUCAAGUAUUAAAUUGGAUAUUAUUAACAUCAAAUGAAACAAAAUAUUUAAGAAAUUCUUUGUUAUUUCAAAAAGAUAAUUAUUCAUUAUUUUCUAUUAUAUUAAUUGCUUGGCUCAAUAAUUCUUUAUGUGCAAUAUCUUUUUUAUUAUGGUUACAAAAAUAUGAGUUGGCGUAUUUUAUUUGUUCUUAUUUAACACUCUUAGAUAUUAAUUCUGAUUUUUUCCAUCAAUUAGAUAAUUUUAUUUUUUUAUUUGAAUCUCCAGUUUUUUCAAAACAAAGAUUGCAUCUAAUAUAUCCAAAAAAUUAUCCAUUUCUAAUCAAAUCAUUGAUGAUUCUAUCCUUAAUGUUGCCUCUUAACACAUCUAACAACAUCUUACAAAAAAGAUUGCAAAUUUCACAAUUAUCUAUGCUAACACACAACGAAAAAGUGCCAACUUUUUUUGAUUCGCAUAACCAUAAUUCACACUAUCGUAAUAGCGAAAAAAAUAGCGAAAAAAAUAGUGAACAAAAAAGUGAACAUAAUAAUGAACAGAAUGGCGAACAGAAUGGCGAACAGAAUGGCGAACAGAAUAGUUUCGAAUUGAGUGAAUUGUUUAAUUUGGAAAAUGAUGAAAUAAUAAAAGAAAAUAGCAUAAUUGAAAAAACAGAAGCAGAAAAAAUGAAUGAAGAACAAGAAUGGAAAAAUAAAUAUCAUCUUCUACUUAAUAAUAUAAAAACUUAUCUUUUAAAUCAAGAGCAUACAACAAAUAGUAAUAUAAUUGAUGGAAAUAAAGAGCGAAAUGAAUUUAUAAACAUUUUUAAAGCCAUAUUGAAAAAGCACAGUCUAAUAAAGUAUUAUAAAUAG